UGCGCUGCUGUUUGCGCCAAUCUGGCUGGGGCAGACACCCAACCCCAGCGGUGCAGCCGCAAGCCAGAGAUGCAUCUGCGUUCUUUGAGCCCGGUCGCAGAGCGACCCUGGAGAAAUGCACGAUGGCCAACCAGGGCUCUAUCUGCAGCGAUCCCGUCAGCGGCGACUGCAGCAACGGUCCUCCUGCCCUUGCCGACCACAGCGCCUUCGAACUCGACUACGACUCCUGCAAUCUCAGGCUCCUCCACAGCCACGGCUACCCAUGCCCUCCCAAUAUCGCCAGCGUCAUUGCUGCUCCAAGCACAGCCGUCGGCGUCGACACCAAGCGUCUCUGCUUUGUUGCUGAGCAGCUCUGGAACCCCAGUCUGCCGACGAAGCUCAUCCGGCUGCCGACAAUCACUCUGAAUAGCCAUGCGAUCGAGGGGCUGGAGGGAGGCUCCGAGGGCCUGACCUUUGCAGAGGCCCGGCACCGCACCUUCAUGAGGAAUCUCGAGCGAUGCAUCAGCCGGGGUAGCAAGGCCAUGGCGACCCAGGACCUCAAGCUCUUUGGCGACGAGAACGACUCUCUCCCAGCGAUUCCGCAGACCAUCAACUCGACCACCAAGGACCCGCACCACCCCGAGCACUCGUGGUCGUCCAUCCAGAACCAGUUCUCGAGCAUUUCGCUGACCGAGGAGCAGAGGACGUACAAGCAGCAUGGCAUCCCAAGGACGACGGCUCCGGUCGAGUCCGAGGCGCUGCGGGCCCUGCGGAUGCCGACCCUGUCGACCCUGGCCAAGCGCUGCCGCAAGUUUGAGUCGGGUCUCAGGCCAACUCCGGGCGGAUCCGUAGUCCCCAAACACACUGCUGCACCGGCAGCUGGCAAGCGACACCGGCGCUGGGGAGCCCUGCCCGCUGGGCAAGACGGUCCCAGGGACAUUGACGAUGGUGAUGGCAAUGGUGGUGGCGACGACGACGGCGACGAAUCGGAGCAGCAGAGCGCCGUCAGCUCUUCGGCAUCGCUGGCAUCGCGGCUCCCAAUGCUCUUUGGCUCCCGGAGCAUGCUCUUUGGCAGUGACGAGGAUCAAGACUCGCCUGGCCAAGACAGGAAGAAGGCCAAGGACAAGCUGAAACGAGAAGUGAGAACGCUUGUGGCUCCGUCUGGAGGUCCCGGUGAUUCAGGCUCUCGGCGAAACAUCAGCCCGAAUGCAGGUGCAAGCGCCAUCCGUGAAGCCCGAACCAAGCUCCCGGCAUUGCCUCUGGCCACACCGCAAUCGCCCGAGAAGCCUGCACUCAAGAGCAAGUUCGACCGAGCCAAGAAGCUUGGGCCAUUGGCAGCGAAAGACAAGGGCAGCGACAGGGCCCAGGCGCAAGUCCAUGUCCACAUCCAAGUCCAAGCCCAGAUUCUUCCAGCGGUGAUGUCCACUAUUCCCGAAGUGUUCUCUCCAAAGCCUCCGCUUCAGUCCCUACCUCUACCCAAUGCAACCAGGCGCAAGCUGGCCGAAAAGGUGCGAACAUCUGUUGCCGGCCCCGCCACGACCGAGCAGGACAUUGUGGCGUACUUCCAGAUUCCUCCACAUGAGCGCCGGGCCUCGGAUCUGCAAAAGAUCUGGGCCGUCCUCAAGACCUUUGACGCCUUCGAGUCUCUCAGCGACAAGACCAUCAAGCAGGUGUGCGAGGUCUCGUUCCUGGCCCGGUACAAUAGCAGCGCCGUGGUGUUCAAGGAAGGCGACUCGCCCUCUGCCUGGUACAUUGUGCUGCAGGGCAGACUCAAGGCCUUCAAGCUCUCCGAAGAGAGGCUCCGCGAUGGCGGCCACGACCGAGACAUUGCCCAGGCCAACAAGCCCCUGGCCAUCUUUUCGUUUGGUCAGGGAUUCGGCGACUAUGCCAUCUUGAAGAACACACCGCGCACAGCUACAAUCAUGGCCAUGGAGGAUGCCGUCGUGAUGGUGGUCUACCGAGUCGACUUUGACCGUAUCAUCAAGGCCUCCAAGCUCGGCCCACAGUACGAAAAAAUCAACUUUUUGUGUCGAACUCCUGUCUUGCAGCUGGUUCCGUUCCAGGACCGCCGGCAGCUGUGCGGGCUCUUUGCAUCGAUCCUCAAGAUUCGCGAGUACAGCAGGGGCAUGUCUGUGCUGGACGAAGGGCAGGUUAUCACGGACCUGGGGUUUAUCAUGGCCGGGGAGUGCGAAGUCUUCAAAACCUUCCUCGACGACGAAACGCAGACCCGAUACCAGGUCAAGCUCGGUGUCUUAGGGCCCAACGAUUAUCUCGGAGAGGAGCCGAUUGUCAAGAACACCCCCAAGGACGUGCGCUCGUCGCUGGCGGUGCGGUGCAGCCAAGACUCCAAGAUUGCCUUUGUGCAGAUCCACAGUGCUCGCGAGGCUUUAUGGAGCUACAUCACCAAGAUGCAGUUCAUUGACGAUCCAAACGAUCAGCACCAAGUCCUGGGCAAGUACCUCGACUCGAUCGACGACCUUCGCCUCAGGCAGUUUCGGCGCCGAACCAUGGCCGGAAUCGCCCGGGAGCUUUCUGGGGAUCCGAACAUGGACUAUGGCCGAUGGAAGAAGCUGGCUCCUCUUUUGUCAGACGCGGGACACAAAUCAGGAUGUCUCUAGCCCGUUUCAGAAUAGUGGCGUAUAUUCGCGAAGUAUCAGCAUCCAAAGACCGGCGGAGAUGCCUCUGGCAUUCCAGCGGGCAAUGAGCUAUGCACCACGUUGGGCGAGAGCGAGAGCCAUCCGUGCCUCUGGAAUCGAGCUGCAUUCGACUGCUGAAGGGGGGGGGAC